AUGAAUAUAUAUGUAAUGAGGACACGCAAGGAAGGGCUGAAUACCUAUUUGACCGAGUUAAGGAAGAUUUGCAACCUAUUCCACAGAGAAAUGAUAAUACAACAGAGAGAGAAUUCACAGACUAUUUUCUUGAAAUUGAACACCGCUUGUACAAUAAUCCACAGCCAAAUUAGAAUACUACACAGAAAGAAUUAA